CUAAGCUUUCCUUGCAUGUCCCAUCCUUCAUCUCCGUACCCUGGUCCUGGUCUGCUCUUCGCUCCUGUAGGAACAGCUGAGGUUCUGUUCUUUUCUUUUCCUGCUGCUCAACCCUUUCCACUUCACAUUACUUCUUCUUUUCAGAUUGAGUUUAACCUGGAUCAGAUCCACGAGUUCAAGGAGGCCUUCCUGCUGUUUGACCGGACGGGCGAUGGGAAGAUCAGCUACUGCCAGUGUGGGGAUGUCAUGCGGGCGCUGGGGCAGAACCCCGUCAACGCAGAGGUCCUCAAAGUCCUGGGGAACCCUAAGUCAGACGAGAUGAGCCUCAAGAUGCUGGACUUUGAGCAGUUCCUCCCCAUGCUCCAGGCCAUAGCUAAGAAUAAGGACCAGGGCUCCUUCGAGGACUUUGUGGAGGGCCUGCGUGUGUUCGAUAAGGAGGGCAACGGCACCGUAAUGGGAGCUGAGCUCCGUCACGUCCUCACAACGCUAGGAGAGAAGAUGACGGAGGACGAGGUGGAGACACUGCUGGCCGGCCAUGAGGACGCAAACGGCUGCAUCAAUUAUGAAGAACUGGUCAGGAUGGUGAUGAACGGGUGAACUGGUCAACACGGUCAUGAACGGCUGAAGAGAAUUCCUGUUUGUCACCCUCACGUUUUCUACCAUCAUAUAUAUAUUUUGUUGCAGUUGCCUUCCAUUUAAUGCUCAUUGCUCACUAUUCUUUUUUAAGAAGUGCCUUACAUUCCCCUUGUUAAGACCCCAGAUUACCCUUUUAUCUAUUGCUGCCUCGCCCAUUCCUAUAUGUGACCAACAUGCAUGUACUUAGAAGAUAAUAUAUAUAUAUAUUGACAUUCCUAAAGGCAGCGCGCAGACUACCUGUCUUUGGACAAACAUUUGAAUUUGAUUAUCGAUGGCGUGUCUGUGUUGGUUCAGAUUUUACAUAAGGAUAACGCUUGUUAGCAAUUACUCCUACUAUCGGACUAGACUUACUGUGGUGAAAGGUAUUUCAUCCAUUUUCAUGUCAGAGCUAUGCAGUAGUUUAAAGUUGAAAAGCCAUACAAUCACUUGGGGAAAUAUGACAACUCCAAAGUUGUACAUGUCCUAGUUCCCUUUAUUCCAUUGCUGCAUUGAAUUAAAAAAACAAAUCUCAAACAUUU